AUGGCACUGAAAGUUGACGGCCGGCAUUUACACCAUCUUCGUUUCGCUGAUGACAUCGUUCUUAUAACAGGAAGCAUCGUCCAGGCAGAACGAGUGUUGACCGAAUUUGUUGAAACGUGCAAAAAGACCGGUCUUCGGCUGGACCUAGACAAAACUAUGCUUAUGAAGAACGGAUGGGUUUCUGAUGGCCCAUUCACGCUCAACGGAAAGAACAUAUCCGAGUGGUCCAGCUAUGUAUAUCUAGGGCGGGAAAUCAGCGUGAUGAACGACUUGACCUCCGAGCUGGGCAGAAGGAAACGAGCGGUUUGGGGACCAUUCAAGAGCAUUGAGGAUCUAGUGAAGAGGACCAAGAUCAUCCGGCUUCAUGCUCUCCUAUUUAACACCACCGUUUUUCCUGCUUUGACCUACGCUUCACAAAUGUUGGCGUUUCGCAAGCAGGAGGAAAAUACGAUCAGCGUCAUAGAACAUGGAAUUGAAAGAAUGGUGUUAGGAGUAAGCGGCUUUACGCAAGUGAAAGAAGGGAUUUGA